AUGCCUCCUUCUGCAUCAUUCCCCGCCAAGAAGGCGAAGAAGAAGCCGACACGCGAAGCUGCAUUCAACAAAGCAUUAACAGCAGAGAAGGCCGCGCGGUCGGCCACGUUGGCAGCAUCCGGCAAGGUGGCGUCAGCAGUGACCAAUCCAGCCAAAUUGCAGGCCAAAGCCAAGAUCAAGGCCAAAGGCAAGGACCGAGAGCUGGCAGACGAUCCUCAUCCAUUCAGGUAUCGCUCCUUCAACGAUCGACUCGCCACCGCUCACAUUGGCGCAUCCAAGACCGCCCGCAACCAUGCGCUCGCAGGACUCGAAGCUCACGGCCCUUUGGCUGCAAGCUCAUCCUCUUCCACUUCGCACAGAAUAAUGGACGUGGACGAUGAUCUGGAUGACGAGGCUACAGCCGAUGCGGUAUUCUCCGAGACUUCGUUCGGGCGGGCGCUGACGGGCUGGCGAGAGCUCAACCUUUCUCUGCCGUUCACCUCUUUCGCUCAGCAAGCCGCACCACUGGCGCAAACGCUGCCGCUCUUGCUACAUCACCGCGAGAAGGUAUCAUCGUUGCUGGCAGACUUGUUGACAUCCCACCACCCUGAUGCUUGGCUGGCAUACGACGCUGCCAUCGACUUGGUGCCUCGCCUCGCUUUGGAUUUGCAAGAGGAGUCUGAGCCAGUCUAUCCAGAGCUUCUGGGCGCCCUGCUCCACGCAGCCACCCUGUCAAAGCAUCAAUGCAAUCAGGAUGAGCGUCUUGCGGCUCGACUUGUUGAGAAUGCUUUUGAUUCUGCAGCAGUAACUCUUAGGGUGGUGGCGCCUCUGCUCCUCAGACAAGAGGAUUCAAAACGUUUGCUGGCCACGUGGGAUCUCGUAAAGCCGUAUCUUGGCUGGUACAGCUCAGAGAUUGGCUCUGGCCAGUACCUUGCCCAGGCCACAGAGCGACAUGUCAAUCAAGAUGACGGCGACGAUGACCAUCUCGAGCGCGACGGCGAGCAAGAAGCGCAGGGCGACGCCGAAAGCUCAGCAGAUGCAGAAGAUGCCGCGGGAAGGGGUGUUGAAGCUGGCGACGACGCCUCUAGGCCGCGCAGCCGCCCACGCAAAGUUCCAUCAUAUACGCGACGCUUUGCAGCAGAGGCCCUGGCGCAUCUUGCUCGGAAGGCACGAGAAACGCAGCUGGACAACCUGGCGAGCGCUAUGAUUAGGGAUGCGUCGGCGUUGUCGAGCACCACCUUUACGGUCGGCGUGGCGGCAGUGUGGGCAGAAGUCUGUAAGGUGAGGCUCUUGUUGAGUUGAUCGCCACGUGUAGCCAUGUGCUAGUUCCUGAUGACACGUCAUGACUUUUUUGGCAGGCUUCCGAUGGCCGUUUGCAGUCUGGCGCAAUUGCGGUGCUGGAGCGGCUUCUCGCGUUGAGAUACUUGAAGCCCGACCUACCCGCAACCUUGCAGAAUGUAUCGCUGCUGGUGUUGGUCAAUCUUACGCACCAAGUGCAUUCGAGUCACCUUGCACCGGUGGCUGAGAUGCUCAUCACUCGCGCGGCCUCCACCUUGAGGUCCUUAAAAGCGUGUUCAGAUCAAAAAGCAGCAGACACGUUGACUUCGGAGCUGGCGCACCUCUUGCAGCUAGUGGGCGUCUUUGUUGGGGUGAGGAAGGGAAAACGCGUUGAUGGUGAGUGUAUCAGCCUUGGAUGGAUUUACCAGGCAGGCAGCAAGGACUCUCAUCAUUCUGUGCGCCCAUUUAGAUUCUUUGAAACCAACGCUCUUCGGCUUUCUGCUCGAGUUCUCGGAAUGGGCGAGCCAUUACCACAGCUCUACGAAUGUAGCAAAACGGCUCUUAUCACAGCGCUCUGUGGAGCUCCUGGCCCUCUCACUGCCGCUUGGCCGCAUCCAAGAGCUGGUGGGUCGAGGCAUCAAGAUCAUAGAUGCUUUCGGGGCAGCGCCUGUACUCUCGCCUCACUUCGCAGCGCUGGUCAUGGCUUUGGGUCGUUCCGAGAUCAGUUGGUCAGGCUUCAAGCAAUUUGUGAUGCCAGCUGUCAUGCGUCUCACGACCGCCGCUUUGACGUCACCAGCUGACGGCGGUCAGCAGGCCUCUGCUCUUGCACUAUUGGAUGAGCUGAAUCGGCAAGGGAAUCUAGGCGAGACCAUUGCGUCAUCUGCAGCAACACCUCAUGUUGCCAAUUGGUGCAGCAAGGUGACUGCAGCUGUGAAUGAUCAGCUGUCAUCGCUCGUUUUGCGCGUCGAGCAAGUCGUAAGAAGCGAGCAAUUGGCGGUCGAUGCUGUCGUCCAGCCGCUCGACCUCGCCGCCAUCCGAUUAUCGCCGACUUUUGCUCGGCUGCAAGCGCGCUCAUUUACCGGAUCGCUGCAACAUCUUGUUUCAGCGGCGCUGCAGAUUGGCCUGAACAGAGAGUGGAGAAGCUCGCCACUGAAUGGUCUGCUCAUCGCUGCCCUCGCCAUGGACGCGCUUUCAGACAUUCUCGAAUCGGACGUGAGCAACAAGGAUGAAGGUCAGCACCUUGCUUCUCUUCUGGGUUCUGAGGGAGCAGUUACUCUCGUGUUGUCUCACCUAGCCGAUCAUCAUCUCGCGUUCUGCGCCGCCACGAGACUAAUGAUCACCGCACGUAGCAAAAGGAUCGAGUGCGCAAGUAGAUCGCCUCCUUCGCUGAUCCACCUCAAGGACGUGGUGGCGAAACAUGCGGCUUCGUCCGAUGCACGGAUGCGUAGAGCAAUCGCAGAUUUACUGACAGCAUCUCCCAGCACCCCGAUCACGGACCUGCUGUCGAUGAUAUCAGCCAUCGAAGCACUUCCAUUGACGAUCGAGUGUAUCCGGGAUCGCAACGUGCGUACGAGGGCGCUUGUCAGAGAUUUUAUCCGACUCGGCGCCCCCGCCGCUUCCGAUGCUGAGCAGCACGCAUUGGCGGUAGACCUAAUCGCUAGGUACCUCGUGGGAAUUUUCAAAUUAAAUUUGAGCCCGCUGUGGCCCGAGGCUCGAGAAGCGCUAGUCGAGUUCUCGACCAAAUACGGAGAGCAAGUAUGGGCGGUCGCAUUCAGGGAGCUGCAAGAUAACUGCCAUGGUCCACAGACUCCUACCGACUGGACGGCGCCAACGCAGCUGUCCCAAAAAGACGCGGGGCGCUCUGAACCAUCCGUUUGGUUUGACGAUCCUCAAGAUAAAGAAUUUGACGACCCGCAGCUUCGCGCACGGCUGUUUGCAAUAGCGGCAGCCUUGAACGCCGCCUUACAAGAUGGCACGCACGAACGGCAGAGGAUGAUGGACGACUUGGGAGAAAUUCAGUCCGUCGAGGGACGACUAGAUGUUCAGAAUUACCACUCUCAAAUCUUGAAGCUCUUUGUGCGUCUCCCACGUCUGGUCGAAAAACACAAUGCGCCUUUCGUAGAGCACUUCCUCGCUCUGGUUCAAGAUACCGCAGCCAUCACGGAUGAUGAAGACGAAGAAGCCUUCCAAGCAAAUACAGCCACGUCGAAGACCGCCGUGACGCCUCGCCUGGGAGCUACAUCCAAGGAACGCCGCGCGCGUCUGUGCAGCUAUUUGGAGCUCUUCUCGCAGCUCACAAAUCCAAAGGCCCUUUCGCGCGCGGAAGACCUGCACCGGUACUUCAUGUCGUUGUGCGCAAUAGGCGAUCCAAGCAUACAACGCCCUGCACUCAAGUGCGUUCUCACGUGGAAGGAUCCUGCACAUGUCCCGUACGCCGAGAAUUUGCUGGCUUUGCUGGAGACGUCCAAAUUCCGAGAAGAGCUUUCUUCUUUCAAUCUCGCCGCUUCUGGUGACACUAUCCAGCCUGCGCAUCGAAGUGGGCUGCUUCCUGUGCUCAUCCGCAUCUUGUUUGGCAUCAUGGUGUCACGACGCAACCGCAGCUCUUCCGGGGCGGGCCAGUCAGCACGCAAGACUGCCAUCAUGGCAGCCUUUGCAAGGCUUGCAGCAGAAGACCUCGGCACGUUGGUGGACCUGAUGCUCGCUCCCUUCAAAAAUCAACGUGUCGUUGAUCUGCCUGCGGACGAACAAUUCCGAUUCAGCUCUACCGCCAGCAGCGCCUCGAUCCGACGACAGAAUGGAUUCAUCGCCCUCUUGGCAGACGUUAUCAAGCACGUCAGCCAAGCAAUGCGACCGUACUGGCCCCAGCUCAUCAGCGUGACUUUGAACUUGGCGCACCACGCCUCCCUAGCAGCCGAGAAGGCAGAAGGCUCGACGAAAGCUCUGCGCAGUCUUCGGCAGGCCGGUCUAAGGCGUAUUGCAGAACUCUUCAACCAGCCCGGCAAGGAUCUCUUCAAUUGGCAGCCCUUCUUGCCUGCACUCUUUGAGGGCUUCAUUGACCCUCGAUUGCCGACUCUGCCAGCGGACAGCGCACAGGGAUCGUCAGCUCUGCUAGAUCUGUUUUACGUUUGGUCAGGUCGUCUGGAAUUUGUGCAUCUUCUGCAUUCUCAAUACAACGAUCAGCUGCUCCCAAGCGUCUUUGCUUGCCUUGCAGAGCAGACAGUCAAGCCGCCCGUCAUCACGCGAAUACUCGACAUUGUCGAUCGCCUUCUCGUCAUCUCCACCCUCGAAGUACAAGAGGGAGGUGAAGCCGAAGUGGAUCGCGUCCUUAGACCCAAUACUAGUGCAUUUCUCAACAGCAUCCGCCCUUUGAUGCAACGGCACGGAUUGGCUGGAAGCUCUUCACCCAAAAGUACUGACGACUCUGUCCGCCGCCUGACACAUAUUUUGGCAAGCCUGGCGCGCUACGUCGAGUCGCCCGAGGACGCAUCGCAGCUUCUGAAAAUGCUCGGCCCCAUGCUCCGAAAGAGCAACCACGCCGUUCCCGAGCGGACAAAGACGGAUUUGCUGCGCAUCUUCCGUGACCUUCUUGCCCUCACACCGGACUUUAAGGAUCCAGCAUCUGAGAUUUUCACCGCGCACUACCACACCUUCUCGGCAGCUUUUGCCACGAUGCGGUCUGCAGAAUCUCGCCAAACAUUGGUGGCGGCCUUUGGGCAAUUUGCUAAGAUCGAUACCAACCUCGCGCGGAUUGCGCGCUGGAUAGAGGAACUCAACGCUUUCAGCACGCGUCGAGUGGAAGAACCCGAUUUUGACAGGCGCCUCGAAGCCUUUGACGAGAUUACGAGCUCCAAGCAGGACAUUGCGCUGCGCGAAUGGGUGCCGCUUUUGCAGAACAUGCUGCACUUCAUUCAGGACCAAGAUGAGCUUGCUAUCAGAUCCAAUGCUGGUCAGCUGCUUCGUGUGUACCUAGAAGCAGUUGCUCGAGUUUCGGCCAGCGACGCGGACGGUUGGCGUCAUACAUAUCGCACUAUUGUCCAGCCUGGCCUCCGGCGCUGCAUACGUUCAAAGCACGAGCUGGUCCGCCGGGAAGUGCUUGGCGUGUUGAUGAGUGCGAUCGAGUACUUAGGAGACUCGUUCGACUCACUCGGAGACAUGAAGUGCUUGUUAGCCGAUGGCGAUGAGGAGGCAAGCUUCUUCACCAACAUCUACCACACGCAGCUGCACCGACGCGCUAGAGCGCUCAAACGUCUGGGAGAUCAAGCUGAGGCGGGCAGAAUACGCGGCAAGACGAUUGUAGAGCUGCUGUCACCACUUCUCAUGCACUUCCUGAUCCCAGGAAACGCUGUGAGCGAUCAUAAUUUGAUCACCGACACUAUCGUCUGCUUUGGUCGGCUAGCAGCACAGCUGCAAUGGGGCUCUUACAACGCUUUGCUCUGGCGAUUCCUGCGUCUGGCAAACGAAACCGAAGGCUCCCAAAAGAUCUUCGUCCGUGCAGCCAUGGCUGUGCUUGACUCGUUCCACUUCGAGCUUGACGCACAGGUCUGCGGCGACGACGGUGCAGAAGUCAUCGAAGAAGGCGAACAGGAUGCUGAGAACGAGCUCAAAGUCCAAGGUACGAUGCACAGUGACGCUGUGCAGCAGUCCGGCAAGAUCCUAGAUGCGGUCACGUCUCGCUUACUUCCAGCACUGAUGGGCUAUCUCGAUGAGAAGGACGAGGCGGAUGACGCGGUCAGGCUGCCUGUGGCGAUCGGUGUCUGCCGCGUUGCGCUGCGCCUCCCAGAGCCGUCCAAGUCAAAUCACAUAGGAAAGUUGCUCACAACGCUAGCAAACGUGCAGAAAAGCAAAUCGCAAGUCACGCGCGAUCUUGGCCGCGAUUCGCUCUGUAAGGUCAUGACUGCACUUGGCCCCGAACACUUGCCCACUGCCAUGCGGGAACUAAGGCGUGCCCUCGUCAGAGGUACUCAGCUUGCGGUACUGGCUUUCACGGCGCACGGUCUGCUGGUUCACUUGAUGUCCCUGCCUGCGGAUGCGCCCGCGCAUCUCAGCCUACUUGAGCAUGGAGUAGAAGACCUGGUACAUGUCGCAACCGAAGAUAUCUUUGGCCUCACUGCGGAGGACCGUGUCACCGUGGAAAAUCGAACGAAGCUCAAGGAGGUCAAGCACAGCAAGAGUAUGGAUACUUUUGAAAGGCUUGCAAAGGUGGUCGCACCUCUUCAAUUUGGAGUCCUUCUGGAACCUGUCCGUGACGUCCUCGCCGAAACCGAGGCUCAGAGAUCUCUGAUAGCUGCGGAGGACGCGCUGCGUCGCAUCGCAUCUGGUCUAAAUGCAAAUCCACAUUUUGGCGCAGAAACGUUCUUCACUCUUUGCCACUCCCUAAUUGCCGGCAAUGCGGCUUUUCUUCAGCCGCAGAAGAGCGCAAUGAACAAAGGAGGAGCCAAGCUCAAAGGAGGCUAUCGCUUCAUUACACACAUGAAGAGAAGGGAUGUCGAGCUUGGGCUAGCUGCUCAAGACCAUAGGGCGCGCAACGCUCACCGCUUUGUCGCCUUCGGUCUCGACCUUCUAGUCACGGCUUUGAGACGAGAGCGAUUCAAGGAUGCAGCGAGCAUGCUCGCUGUACGCCUCGAUCCUUUAGUCAACCUCGCAGGUCACACUCUCUACGCCCCGCAAAGCUCAAUCGUCGUCCUGAGUAUGAAAGCGAUCAGUGGCCUGGUCAAGCACGACCUGCCUUCGCUCGAGCAAGCCGCACCCGUCUUCGCCAAGCAAAUACUCGCAAUCGUGCAGCGCGAAGGCACUGCCCAGUCGACGAUGGGCCAGGCAGCAAUCAAAUGCCUGACCUCGGUCUUGAGAGGCUGCCAAGACGCACAUUUGCCCGAGCAGCAGCUGGCAGAUCUUGUGAAAGUGGUGAUCCCAGAGUUGGAGGAGCCUUUGGCCCAAUCUGCCAUCUUCGCACUUUUGCGCGGCAUCUUGUCGCGCAAGAUAGUUCUGCUUGAGAUGUACGAAGCGAUGGACAAGAUCGCAGAAAUACUGGUGACGAACCAAAGUGCAACCGUGCGCGACUCGUGCCGAGCUGCGAUGAUUCACUUCAUGCUAGAGUACCCGCUAGGCAAAAGCCGUCUGCGCAAGCAAAUGCAGUUCAUGGCGAAGAACCUGUCGUACACCUACGAAAGUGGGCGGCUCAGUCUUCUUUCCCUGCUCUCCUCAGUGCUCGCCAAGUUUGACAUGGUCGUCAUCCGGGAACACGCCGACUUACUCUUCGUGGCUUUGGUAACGGUGCUCGCCAACGACGAUUCCAGUUCUUGCAGAGAGCAAGCAGCUCGGCUGAUCGGUGUUCUCUGCACCUUGGUGGACGAAGAGCAUCGCGGACGAAUGAUUCACCUCACUCAUUCCUGGGCAACGCAGCGCGAGCAGUCGCAGCUCAUGAGAGUAGCCAUGCAGGUCUACGGGAUAUUCUUGGGUGCUGUUCCAGAGUCCGCCAGCGAGUGGCUGCCGCGUGCGCUGUCUAGUCUCGAUGGUACACUGCAAGCGUGUGUGUCAGAUCUCGUGGGCGCCGAACUUGACACAACGUUCGAUGAUCUAGGUGAUCCGAAGCAAUUGGACUGGCAGCUCGCUUACCAGGCUCUACAAUUUGCGGAGCAGCUUCGCUCGGGCCAACAAGCCCUCGAUAUCCUUGAAUCUCGCUCGACAUCUAGCAUCUGGCGAUCCACAGUCGGUCUCCUUCUUUUUCCUCACGCGUGGGUACGACUAGCGGCCAGUCGGUCAUUAGGCUCGCUAUUUGCGUCCACGCCAGCUGCACAGCCAACCGAGGAUGAGCCACUCAGUCUCGAUUUCAUGAUCGAAAUCGCAAGAAAACUAGCGCUACAGCUUCAAGCAGAUGCAGAAGAGGUCAACGAUGAGCUCAGCCUUCAAGCGGUGAAGAACCUCUUGUACAUAGGACGCUGUUUUGCUCUUAUGCCUGCUCACGACCGUGGCUCUUCGAUCGAGCGGACGGAAGAGGCAUCUGCUCAUGACGAGGGUGAUGACGAGAAUGAAAGUACUCCCGAGGAACAAGAUAAUGCGGCGGCGAACCCUCUAGCCUGGCUUUACACGAAGCUUUCGUUCACAGCGAGAGGCGCGAGACUCAAUGCUGGCAAUGCAGAGGUGAGCUCCAAUUCCUGCUCUUCCUUGCUUACUUGCACAAGCUGACCGACUACUUUGCGAACUCUGUGUGCAGCCUCAAAUCAAUCGUGCUGCCUCUGUGCUGCGCUGGUUUGCAGCAAUGGCUACGCAGCUUGAGUCCUCGCGCAUCGAACCAUUUCUGUCUCACAUGAUCGGACCGAUCUUCCGCAUUCUGGAUGACGAGAGUCUCAAGGCGGACAGAUUUGGUGAGCAGAAGUUGUAUGCACUUAGGCCGUGCAUUCCAAUACUGACCUCUUCUGCCUGAAUUCCAGAUGAGCUCAAGUCUCUCGCGAUGGAAGUUCAGGAACUUCUCCAGGCGCAGCUUGGAGCCACUAGGUAUGCCGCCGUGCACUCCCGCAUCAAGCAAGCGAUCCUCGAGAAGCGCCGCGAGCGCAAGACGGCAAGGUUGAUGCAAGGCAUCAGCAAUCCCGAAGCAGCAACAGCCAGAAGAGCGAAAGAAAACGCGAAGAAGCACGAAAGCCGGAAGAGAAAGAAUGCGAAGUUUGCGUAAGUGGUGGCGAGCGUGUUGCGUUUUGUAGGGGCUGCGUAGCUUGCUGACGAGCAGCUAUCGUCUUCAAUCCCUCCAGAGAUACCAAGGUUCGCAACAAACCCUCCAAACGAUCGCGGGCUAGCUAA